AUGGAACUGAAAUUGCGGACCGUGCCUGGCUUUCUGCCCACGGUGCUGUCCACAUCCGAAGAAAGCAGCAGCAUUGCCACGCCCACAAAUGGACAUGGCUAUAUACAAUUCGAUAUCAAUGAAGAGCCGCCCAGGCCAACUGUGCGUCGCGAAAAGAAGCCAAAGUCCAAAAAGGACACAGUGAAUGAGGUGCUCUUCAGCCUGUUUCCCAACGGCUUCUCGGACAUCUUUCGCUUUAGCGGCAGCGAGGCAAACACAGAGGCAGCCACAGAUGCACCGAGCACCUCGGAAACCACUACAAAUAAAGCGGUGGUGCAUGCCACAACUGCAACGGAGUCCAGUGCCAACACAGAGCCCGUAACGUUGCCGCCUAAGAACGAGACCUUUUACAGCUACCAGACGACCGUGACAAAGGAGUAUAGACGCGAGCUGCGGCCAGGACAUACGCAAAUCGUGGUGGAGAAGAUCAGUAGUGCCGAGCGAGAACCGUUUACGGACGGCAGCAAUCACAUCUCCCGGGAUGAGCUGUUGCGCAUAAAUCGCGCCGCAGUCGCAUCUCCAGUGUUACCCAGUUUACUGCUGCGCCCCGAGAUCGAGGGCGAGGACAAUGAGACUCUCGUCGCCGCCGAGAGUGCACCCAUUGUCAUACUUGGCGAGCAGGAAACCGAACUCGAGGAAGGUCAGAGCAUUGAGGACAAUCAGAUUGCGGAAUCACGCCACAUGGAUCAGCAGCUCUACCAGCAACUGCUGCCAGCCCCCGCUCGAGACGUGGACUCCUCCUCUCACACCAUUGAGAGUUACAGAAGUCAAGAAGGACCCGCCGAUCACCAGCAAAUCAAUGUCCACAUUGUGCACGAUGAGUCGCAGGCAAAGGUGCCAGAAGCGCCCGAGUCACAGCCACAGCAGGCACUGGAUCACUUCCAAGCCCAUAGUGAGCAACGCUUCCAGCAGCAUCAUCAGACCCAAGAGGCACCCUCGAGGCAGUUUCUGAAGACCUUCAAGCCCAUCAUUUCGGGCAGUGCCGACAGACCCAUACCCAAGGGCACCUUCCACUAUGAGUCCAACAAUCCACCUGCGCGCACAAUCUCCAAUCCGCCCAAGGAAGUUGCCUACGAGGGUCCGUUUGUAAGACCCGCCGCCCAGUUGAGCUACCAACAGGAGUUGAGUCCGCAGAAACCAGAGCCAGAGCCGCAAGCUCCACAGUCCAAGCUAAACACGCAGGCAAUUGCUUCUCCUUCAUCAGCAGCUGCUCCCGCGCCUAAACCUAGCGAACACUCAAACUAUGGUGGACCCACGCCCAGUAGCUUGGUCUAUGUUACGGUCAACUCACAUAGCCCGACGGCCGCUGCGCCUGCCGCUCAUCAGGCUGAGGAGCAAGCGGUGCCCCAGCUGCCUAGUCCUCACGAUUAUGUCUCGGAAGCCGCUGCCGAGCCCUCGCAGCAUCAUAUACAGCAUGCGCCUGCACCUAAAUCCCAUCUAAACACCCAUUCCCAACCUGAAACUCAGCUCCUGGUUAAGCCCAAUGGCUACACCUUCGUGGAGGUGCAGAAGUCCGUGAACAUCCACAACAAACUCAUUACUGAGAAGGACGGUCGUUUGGUGGAGAUGCACGAGACCAUUUACCAUCCGCCGCCCUAUCAGCAGAAUCACUUUAGCGUCACCUCUUCCGGCUACAGUCCUAAGGACUUUGUUUCUGCUGCUUCGCCAGAGACGGCUCCUGCUCCAGCACCAGCACCAGCACCGCCUCCAUCUGCAACUAACUACGUUUCCCUAGCCGCGAAUCCCAUCAAUGUUGAGCAAGUGGAAUACGACAGCGCACCGCAAGAGGGAGCCAUCUCGCACGCAGCCAUCAACAUUGAUGUGCCCCAUCAGCCUAGAGGCCACGACGCAACACAUGAUGCACACCAUGAAGCACCCCACCACCACCCUGUGACCGUGGUAGAGAAGCAUUCGCCCCAGCCGUACCCGGUGCCGGUUGAGAAAAUCAUUGAGCGUCCCGUUAAGGAAAUUGUGGAAAGGCACAUACCCGUGCCAUAUGCUGUACCCCAGCCGGUGCCCGUGCCCGUUCAUGUCGAGCACUAUGUGGAUCGUCCCUAUCCCGUUGAGACCAUUGUCGAACAGCCUGUGCCUUAUCCCGUGGAGACAAUUGUUGAGAAGAUCGUCGAGAAGCAGGUGCCCGUCGAAGUGGAGCGGAUUGUCGAGAAGCCCGUCGAGGUGGAGAAGAUUGUGGAGAAGUAUAUAGAUCGUCCCAUGGCCAUACCCAUUCAUGUGCCCGUCGCCAUACACAUGCCCAUGCCACCGAACCACUCACCCGGCUUCAACUUUGGCUCACAUCCCAACGCCCUGCACCCCUGGACGCAUGCCUCGGUGGCUCAUAUCCCUCCCAAAGUUCUGCAGCACUAUUACACGCGCAUGCUGAAAAAGCUGCUGCCCCAGUUGGCUGCACCGCAGACGACAGCCAAAACGGCAUCGAAGACCACAGCCAAGGCAGCCCUAGUGAAGCCUCCGGUUAGGCCUGUGCGUGGCGAGGCGCCCAAGGUGGCAACCUUCAGCCUGGCCGACAUGCGCUUCGAUUUGCGCCCGCCGCCACCGCCGCAGGGCUCACCUUGGCUUCAGGGCGCCCGCUACAUAUACAACACCCUGCCCGAUGACUUGUCCGUUGCAGCUGCCUCGGCGCCCGCCCACAUGGUCAAGUCCUACAUAGGGCCCGUGCCCACAACUAGCACGAGCAGCGAGAACAACGGCAGCGAAUUCGAUGAGUUCCAACGCUGGCGCAAUGGCCACAGCCUGAAACGCAGUCCCGACUUCGGACGCAAUCUGCACCUGGAGUACGGCUUCAAGCCGCCCUUGGUGCCUUCGGUGGAGAUCGAUGAUAAGGGCAUGCCCCUGAAACAAGCGGAUGCAGCAGUGCAGUAGUUGAAAGAUGUUAACCAGUUGAAAUGAAAAGCGUGCCAAAAUAUACAGCUAUAGUUAUUAUUGUCUAUUUAUGUAAAAUAUUAUAAAUGCGCAUUUAAUAAAUUUACAUUAAACCAA